AGCCCCACUCAAAUUACAAACAACCGUAACAACAAACAACAUUAUCAACGUCCAUCCACUCUGCAUGGUCUAAAACAUAAACUGCAUUCGACUGGUUGCACAAAAACGUUACAUUCGGCUAGUCCUUCAUGUCCAAAUGUUCCAAACCGACGUAAGUCUGUCGGUCACAUUCCGUUAUCUCCUUUAGCAAGAACACCUUCGCCUUCACCACUGCCAGCGUCCCCUACUAGAUCUCCAAGUCCUCUAGCAUUUCCGAUAGGUCACCAACCAGGUAGCUCAAAUACAACGCAAUCGUAUAGUCCCAGUGCUGGCAACACACCUAUUACAAUGGCGUCGAACCAAGCAAAAAAAGGAUUUGUGAGACCUAAGGCUGCCGAACCAGGAUCUCCUUUGUUACGUAGAGCACUCUCGCCUGAUCGCCUCCAUCCUCGCAGCGCAGAAAGUAAAUGCGCGCUCAUAUCUCCUUUAUGUUCAUCUAGUAAAUCGCCGGUAGUUAAAACGCAAACUCGCGGCGGCAGUAGCGCAGUAUGGAGAUCUGCCUCGCAACCGGAACGUGACAAGGAUGCAGAGCUUGAGUCGUCCGUUCCGUCGAGCAACGAAAUUGUUAGCAGUAGUAAUAGUGCAUCCGAAAAUCGGUUAUCGCUGAACUUAUCUAGCACCAGUGAGCCCCUUCCACGAAUUGCAGAGGAGAAGGAUUCACCUACAAACAGCGCUCAAGAGUGUAAUAAGUCUGGGCAACUGAAUGAUAAAAGUUGCGUUAAUCCAAAAGGAAGUGAUGGAAAUACAGAAUGUCUCAAAGGCAAAUCCUUAGGUGCUAAGGAUAAUAAAUGUGGUAGUAAACUUCCACAAAAAUAAUAGUAAGACCAUGAACCAGAGGUUGGUUGUGCUUUAUAGAAUUAAAGAGUUGUAUUAUUUUUGAUGCAAUAUUUAUUUUAGCGGUGGGCAAUAUUAAGUUUAGAUAUAAUGAUUGUAAUAUAAUGUGAUUAAUGAAGUAUGUGAUUAUUUCUCCCGUGUUAACAUAUUUUAUAUUUUUAAGUUGACCAUGUAACCUCCGUUGCAUGAAUCUUGUAGUUUUUGUGCCACCUCACAAUAUAUCUGGCUAUUUGUGAUUUUGAACAGCCCAAAUCCCAAUUAAAUUUCAGGUUUCUUUUAAUGCUUUGUGUUUUACAAAUCUAAACUCGUGGUGUAGUAAUGUAAAACGUGAAGUAUAUUCAGUUGUAGAUCUCACCUUGAUUCUAGGAUAACCAACUGUUAGAAGUUUAGAAGGGUGUCCUUCCUGUAAUUCAUUCCAAUAUAAUGUUACUUUGAUAAACGUUCACGUUUUUUGUGUUAAAACACAACCUUCUUUACUGUGUACAAUUGGUUUAUAUUACACUAACAAUACCUUAAAUUGAUAGAUGUGAAUAUGGAAGAUUAUUGUUUGUAGGUAUUAUAUUGAACCAGGGUGUCAUAGUAUAUAUUGUUAAUGUAAGUUACAAAUUGUCAGAAAACUAUAUUUCUAGUUAACAAAAUUUACCUUCGUGGGGAUUUUUAAAAUGUUUUCAAAAUUGGAUCUCAAAGAGUUUAAGUAAGUACGUGUUAAUCGUUCAUAUAUGGAGA